AUGGCGCGAUAUGGACAUAAUCCAGCACAAAAGCAUUUCACCAAUGUCAAGAAGAUCUUCCGCUAUCUUAGCGGUAGUACCGAUCUCUGUGUGCGCUACUCUUUUAGCCCCGACUCACUUUUCGGUUUCGUCGACGCUGACUGGGCUGGUAAACAUGCUAACAACUGCAUGUCGAGAUCUGGCUUUGUCUUCACGGUUGCCAAUACACCCAUCAGCUGGGUUUCUAAGAAACAGUCAUGCGUUUCUGUCAUCGACGGAAAGCGAGCAUAUUGCCGCUGCCCUAGCCGUCCAGGGAGUGGUCUAGCUGCAAUUGAUAACAAUGGAGCGACCUGCCUCACUGAAAGCCAGGAUUUCCACGCGCGCACCAAGCACGUUAACGUGCGCUGUCACCACCUUCGUCACCAGGUGGCCAAAGGGGUCUGCAAGUUUAUCAAGAUCCCCACUGCUGAACAAGCAGUAGAUGGGCUGACAAAGCCUUUGGAAAGGGUGAAGUUCGAACGCUUGGUGGAGCUGCUGGGCAUGCGGCGAUUGUCGAGUUUAGGCAUUGGGGGCUGUUUGGAUUUCUGCGUAAUCGGCGGAUAUACCCUUCACGGCGGUUUUACGCCAAUUUUCAAUUUGAUCAGAGGAUAG